AUGGCACCCAGAAAGCUACCCAAAACAGCACCCGAAAUAGCACCCAAACAAUACACUAUCGGGGUUAUUGGGGCUCUGACCCUCAGGAUGUCCAUCCUUAUCGACCAGAAGAAGCUCCAUGAGCCCGGUGUAAAAAUAGAGGAGGCAGUUUCAGCACCCAAAAAACAAGGGGUCAUUGAGGGCGCUUAUAACAUUGCACUUGCGGCAUAUCGUUGCUGUCGCGCGAACCCGAAGUCAAACGUAGUGCUCAAAGAUUAUUUUCCGCGCCCUGUUCAGGUCGAGAUGGUCAGUGUAAUCGGGAAUGACGAUGCAGGCAAAGCAAUCAUGGCAAGACUCCAAGAAGAACAAAUCGGGACAGCAGGCGUUAGAAUGCUGGACGACAAACCAACAGACAUCCUCUUCGAUAACCUUGGCGGAACUACCGAUGACACGGUCAACACCCAGCCUAUGGAAGGAUCUCGUCAGGCCACCUCUCUCAGAUACCCUCAAGAUCAUCCGGCCACACCUGCCUGUUGGAGAAAGGAAGAUUUCACAACUCCUGAGAGCCUUGGAGGCUCUGUCAUCCCAGAUUUGGUCAUUAUUUCGGCAAAACUCGAAAAGGACGUCUUGGAGACUAUUCUCAAAACCGCUGAGGACAAAGACAUUGACGUUGUCCUAGCUGCGGUGCCUGAGUCUCCUAUUGACGAGGACCUCUUCAAGUGUAUUACAUAUUGUAUACUCAAGGAGCCGGAGGCUGAAAAGCUCGCUAAUUUUGGGCCGGAUGUCCGGAAAGGGACAUACCGAACUACUCACCAUCUAGCACGGGAACUUGGCGUGAAGGCUGUGAUUCUUCCAUCCGGUACUUGUUGGUAUUAUCACUGGGGCUCCAGGGGAGCCUCGACUUCUUGUGCCUAUGAUGAGAACGAUACUGAGGUUGGAGUGGACACGUUUGUCGGGGUAUUUUCAACUUAUUGUCUGGUUCAAAGAGGAAAGUGGGGGAAACGUCAAGAGUUCAGUCUCGGCUUGUCAAUCAAGGUUGCAUCUGCAGCUGCUGCUAUAGCUGCCGGGAAUGUGGCAGGGCGUACUCCAUAUCCGUGGUAUGAUGAGAUCGAUGGCCUUGCAGCCCCUGGAGGGUCGACUUCAUAUACCUCUAGAUUCAGUCGCUGCUGGACUGAUCGAGACGAGUAA